AAGAAAAAUGAUUGGUGUGGAAGCUGCUGCCGUAUCUGCUGUAGCAUCUGGAGUAUUGAAGAUUGUAGGCAACAAGUUAGCUCCGCUGGUAAUAGAAAGGUACAGCUCUGUAGUGGGUGUCACAAAAGAUGUCGAGGAGCUUCGGAUUCUAGUUGAGGAGAUAAACUCUUGGCUGGAAAGGGCACAAGGUCAAGCUAUGUGGGAUGAUGCAUCACUUAAUUGGCUCAAACAGUUGAAAGAUGUUGCUUAUGCUGUUGAUGAUGUUAUCGAUGAGUUCCAACUGAAGGCUGAGAAACAUGAUGCAGGUGGUGAAAAUGGUAGCGGUACUGUGUCCAAAUAUAUGUGCACAAAACUGAAAUCAUUGAAUUUUCAAUGCAACAUGGCGAACAAGAUCAAGUCAAUUAAGAGGAGUUUUGCUGCAAUUGUGAAGCAAAGAACUGACUUCAGUGCAAUAGCUAAUAGCUUACCACAAGUUGGUCAUCCUGUUAUUGAUAUGAAUGAGACUGCCGCCAACAUGCCAUUCUUGCCCAAUGUGGAUGUGGCAUCGGUACUAGGAAGAGACCAAGAAAAGCACCAAAUUAUAUCUAAACUCACAGAGACUAAUGAGCAACAAAGAAUCAAGAUUGUUUCCAUCAUUGGACUUGGUGGCUCUGGGAAAACUACACUGGCUAAAUUAGUUUUCAAUGAUGGUAACAUUAUAGAGAAGCAUUAUGAAGUUCGACUAUGGGUCCAUGUAUCACAAGAGUUUGAUAUCAAAAAACUCAUCAAGAGACUGUUUGAAGCUAUAGCUGAUAAAGAUCCUGGACAGCAUGCCUUGCCGUAUAUGAGCAACAAAAUCUCAGACAAGUUGACUGGAAAGAGGUUUCUUGUUGUGUUGGAUGACGUUUGGACAGAGUGCCGGAUUCAAUGGGAAAAUCUCAUGGUGUAUCUGCAUAGUGGUGCACAUGGAAGUGGGAUUUUACUAACCACUCGCAGUAGAGAAGUUGCUGAAACAGUUGAAUCCACAGACCAACUUGACAUGCCAUUCUUAUCUCCGAGUGACAGCUGGCAACUGUUCCAACAAAGCUUAGUAAUGCCUAGGGAAGGUUUGGAGUUUGAAUUUGAACAGGUUGGAAAAGAGAUCGCGAAAAUAUGUGGUGGGGUGCCACUAGCAAUUAAGGUUCUUGCAGGUGCCCUACGUGGGAAGGAACGGAUAGAAGAGUGGCAUGCCAUGAGAGACAGCAACUUGUUAGAUAUUGGAGGUGAAGAACAUGGUGUAUCGGUAUCUGCAUGCUUGAGGUUGAGCUAUUUCCAUUUGUCAACUCAUCUGAAGCAGUGCUUCACAAUUUGUUCAGUGUUUCCCAAAGGUCACAAGUUUGACAAAGACCAACUGAUUGACCUAUGGAUUGCUCAUGACAUGAUCAAACCCGAUGCUGGCGUUAAUUACUUGGAUUAUAUUGGCCACAGGUACUUUACUUCUCUUGUGCAAAUGUCUUUUUUACAAGAUGUGGAAGAAGAAGAUGGGAGAGUGACAUGUAGGAUGCAUGAUUUGGUUCAUGACCUUGCCCGGUCCAUCUUGGGUGAUGAAAUUUCACUUGUCAUACCAGAGGAAACUAGUUCCAAAAAGUGCUAUAGAUACUUUUCUUUGAUUGGACAGCCAGAAAAUCUUAGUUCCACAGAGAGGUAUAGAUACUAUCCAUUCAUUGAACAACCAGAAGAGAUUGUGUCGCGGGCGAAAAAUCUUGCACAUGAAAAUCUUCUUCAGAAAGUACGCUCUAUAUAUAUUAAUAAGGGGGACGAUGUAGUAUUUGGCAAGGCAAUGAAGAAUGCAAGACACUUGCGCAGUGUCACCGUGGAAUCCAUCUUUAAAACAACAGUACUCACCCAUAUAUUGCAGGUAAGAAAUCUGAAAUAUCUUCAUAUUUCAAGACUGUACUGUGCAGAACUCCCUGAAGUUAUUUCAGAUAUUUGGAGCCUACAAGUUCUGCACAUAACAUCUAAUUACCUUGUGAAGUUGCCUAAAUACAUUGGUAAGCUACAGAAGUUAAGAAUGCUGAACCUAUGGCGGUGUACGCAACUAAAAUGUUUGCCGGAUUCUAUUGGUGACUGUCAAAUGAUUUCAAGCAUCGAUCUUUGCAAUUGCUCAGAGUUUACGUUGCUGCCAAACUCUAUCGGCAGAAACAAAAAACUAAGAGUAUUGAGACUAGGUAAAACCAAAAUUGAGAGGCUACCAUCCACUGUCACAACACUCAGAAAUCUGGAGUAUUUGGACCUUCACAAUUGUAGUGAGGUGGUAGAGUUGCCUGAAGGCAUCGGGAACUUGGAUAAUCUUCAAGUGUUGAAUAUAUCAGCUUGCGAAAAAUUGGGUCCCAUGCCUAUAGGCAUUGGACACCUCAGUCGACUGCAAAAGUUGAGCUUAUUUGUUGUAGGACAAGAUGAAAAAUCUGCACCGCUUUCUGAGCUUGAAAAGGUAGGUAGGAAUAGUGACCAUCUAACUAUCAGAGGUAUUGCACGUGUGAUGGACCCGGAUGAUGCGCACAUGGCAUGCUUGAAAGAAAAGAAAAACUUACAUUUCCUGAAGCUAGAUUGGGGAAGAUAUGACGAAGGCCAUGUAAACGUAAACCCUGAAAUUGAGGAGGCUGUACUUGAUGGUUUGCAACCUCCAUCAGGGUUGAAAGAGCUAAAAAUUGAUGGGUAUUCAGGUAGGCGAUAUGCGCGGUGGAUGCUGAAUCAAGUUGGUGGUGGAGUACAAGGGCUUCCAUACUUCCCAUUUCUGAGGGUGAUGAAGCUAUAUAAUUUCCCAAACUUGAAACAUCUACAUGGACUUGUGGAGAUGACGGGUUUGGAGGAGCUUGAGCUGCAAGAGAUGCCAUCCCUUCAGAGCAUAACCGGAGGGCCAUUUCCUUCCCUGGUGAAGUUAGUAUUGAAUAAACUGGCUAGUCUGGGAGAGGUGUGGAUGGUAGCAGAAAGGACCGUGCCUACAGGAGAAGAGGGAGAAGGCUGCAGCAAUUGCUCUACUCACUUGGGACAAGUUCGAGUUGGUACUUGCAUCUCGCAUUUGGAUAUACAUGAUUGUCCAAACUUAAAGGUCAAACCGUACCUGCCUUUGUCGCUGCAGCGCUUGUGGCUGUUACGGAGAAGCGAGCAGUUGCUGGAGUCACCAGACCAAUGCCAGGGGUCCUCUUCGUCCUCACCCUUCAGCUUUAGCCACCUGAAGAAACUCGAGCUAUGGGGGAUGACAGGUUUAGGACCUGGACGUGGGUGGAAGCUGCUGCAACACAUGACGGCGGUCGAGUCAUUGGAGAUUUGCCACUCUGGCGCGCUGGCCGAGCUGCCGGAGAGCCUGCGGAGCCUCGCGUCCAUCGAGUCUCUGCUUCUGUGCUCAUGCUCUGCCAUCCGCAUGCUGCCCGAGUGGUUAGGGGAGCUCCGGUCUCUGCAAAAGUUGACCAUCGAGAGCUGCGAUCGACUGAGCACCCUUCCUGAAUCAAUGGGUCGCCUCGCGUCCCUCCGAGUGCUCAAGAUAGGAUGGUGCGAUGAGCUUCAGGAAUUGCCCGAAUGCCUGGGAGAGCUCUGCUCUCUAAGCAAGCUCGACAUUAGUAAGCUGCCAAGGCUCACCUGCCUUCCAGAAUCCCUGUGCGACCUGACCUCCCUUGAAGAGCUGAAGAUCUGGAGCUGCAAGGGCAUCAGAUCCUUGCCGCAGGGGAUAAAAGGCCUCGCGUCUCUGCAGAGAUUGUGGAUCUCUGACUGCAGAGAUCUGGAGCGCCGGUGCAGGAGAGAAUAUGGUGGGGAGGACUGGCACCUCAUCUCCCACAUCCCUCAUCUUGACAUUUGGUAAUGGUAAGCGACUGCACCCUAGCGAUUCCAUCAGGUCCAUGCAUGCGUGCGUGUGUGCAUAUGUGUACAGUCGUAGUAGUAGUAGUACUUGCACUAUGGUAAUCCAAAAUUCCAAAUGGACUGUCUAUUAAGGCCGCAUGUCAACAGCACCAAAUGGAUGCCUGCAAACAAAGCACCCACAUAGGUAGAUCGGGCGCAGUUAUGUUGAUUCAUUUUGCCAUGGAGGUGAACUGCAGGAUGCCAUGGCUUACAUGCUCAUUGCGCUUUUGUGUAGUAGUACAUGCCUUGGUCAGAUCAUCUUCGUCCAUCUUCGUUCAAACACAUCAGCCCGACAAAAGUAGCGGGCGGCCUACCGUGCAUGUAGAUGCAGCCCCUGCCUCUCUGGCAUCCUCCCCCCUCCCUCCUUCCCCUUGCGUGCUUUUUAUUGAAUGAUGAUUGUUCAUAAAAAUAUUUUAUCUUCUUCAUAUUAUCUUCGUUUUAAGAACUGAUUACACAAUUAUAUUCUACGUGACGAGAUGAACAAAACUAGAUCCCACUUGCAUAUAUUUUGAUGAUGUUUAUGAACUAUUAGUAACUUAUGUAAUGAUUUGCUCUCUUUCUAUAGCAAUUUAUGU